AACAACACUAUUUCUCCUUCCUGUCAUUUUGAUGCAUGUGGCAGUACCUUCUCGAGUGGAAGGCAAAGCCCAUCAAGAUAUUCACCGUGGUGGAAAGGAAAAAAACCCUCUCCAGUAAAUCAAUAAAGUGUUCUCCUCUCUGUAUGCUGGGCUGCUUGGUGAAGAUAACAGAGCAUCUCUCGGGUUAAUGUAGGUGAUUGGUCGGGCUGUUUCUCUACUUGAGUUAUUUUUCCCCAGUGACAGUCACUCCAUGUUUUGCUCAUGGAGAUUUUCAUUAACUGCUGCAUGACCAAAUGUAGUAAAGCGAAAUGUUUCUAAACGUGAGUAGUGUUGUGGGGAGGGGUUUGAUCCUCCUCUACCUGCUCUAUUCCACGGACACCUAAGGUGUAAACGUUAUUAGCCAGGUUCCAAGUUGUCUUCAUCCAGUAAAGCACCGCUUGUGCCUCUGGGGCAUGCUGACUGUCGGCUGCAUACAGAAGCUGUGCAGCAUCCUGCUUCCCCAACCCAAAACCGGAGAAGAAGAAGGCGGCGGGGGGCUCCUAAGUCGCGGCACGGGCAGCGACACUUGGCCUGAAGUUCGCGCCCGGCGCACACAAGGGAGGGGUAUCCGCUGUGGCGAGCCGCUCGCCUCUCCUCAGCCUGAUUUGCUAUGCAGCAGCUCUGCCGCACCACCAAAAGAGCGGGAGGAGGAGGAGGUUGUGCUGCUUGCUGCAGGUGGAGGAGCCGCUGACACAACUCCUUGUCCUCUCAAAGUAGUUGUGAAGUGCCAGGAGGAAAGGCGGUGAGGCGCUCUACCCUCGUCCCCGCAUUGUCCACAGGUGGACAUGGCAGCGUUGGACUUGGACAGGGGAUGUCGAGAAAAGGGCAGGGGUUCCGCGCUACAUUAAGGCAUUGUCACUUUUGUUGUUUAUCUUUUUUCUGGGAUUGUUAAGGGUCAUGAAUCAGUCGGAUGCACCUCGGCCUAUAAAUUGGACCAUUCGAAAGCUCUGCCAUGCUGCCUUUCUGCCGUCUGUCAGACUUCUUAAGGCCCAGAAAUCCUGGAUAGAAAGAGCGUUUUCCAAGAGAGAAUGUGUUCAUAUUAUACCAAGCACCAAAGACCCCCAUAGGUGUUGCUGUGGUCGUCUAAUUGGCCAGCAUAUUGGAUUGCCUCCAAGCAUCUCUGUCACUCACACUGAGAAGUCCGAAAGUCGUUAUGGUAGAAAUGACAUCCAGGCAGAGAAGUGGUCUGUCAGCAAACACACGCAACUCAGUCCCACUGAUGCUUUUGGAACCAUUGAGUUCCAAGGAGGGGGACAUUCCAACAAGGCUAUGUAUGUCCGUGUUUCCUAUGACACAAAGCCUGAUCUCCUUCUACAUUUGAUGACCAAAGAGUGGCAACUUGAACUCCCCAAAUUGCUCAUUUCUGUUCAUGGAGGCCUACAAAACUUUGAACUUCAGCCAAAACUCAAACAAGUAUUUGGAAAGGGCCUAAUUAAAGCUGCUAUGACAACUGGAGCUUGGAUAUUUACUGGAGGAGUAAACACAGGAGUUAUUCGCCAUGUUGGUGAUUCUCUAAAGGACCAUGCAUCUAAGUCUAGAGGAAGAAUUUGUACAAUCGGCAUUGCUCCUUGGGGAAUUGUGGAAAACCAGGAGGAUCUGAUUGGAAAGGAUGUGGUCCGACCCUACCAGACAAUGUCCAACCCCCUGAGCAAACUAACUGUACUCAACAGCCUGCACUCCCAUUUCAUCCUGGCUGACAAUGGAACGACGGGAAAAUAUGGGGCUGAGGUAAAGCUACGCAGGCAGCUUGAAAAACACAUCUCACUUCAGAAGAUCAACACCCGUAUUGGACAAGGAGUUCCAGUUGUAGCACUUAUUUUGGAAGGAGGGCCAAAUGUUAUUUCAAUUGUUUUGGAAUAUUUACGAGACACUCCACCUGUGCCUGUUGUAGUCUGUGAUGGCAGUGGACGUGCAUCUGACAUUUUUGCAUUUGGCCAUAAAUACUCGGAAGAAGGAGGACUCAUCAAUGAGACGCUGAGAGAUCAGUUGCUGGUUACAAUACAGAAGACCUUUAAUUACAACCGCCCGCAAGCACAGCACCUCUUCAUGAUUCUAAUGGAGUGCAUGAAGAAGAAAGAAUUGAUAACUGUCUUCCGAAUGGGAUCUGAAGGCCAUCAAGACAUUGAUUUAGCAAUACUGACAGCACUUUUGAAAGGAGCCAAUGCGUCUGCCCCAGACCAGCUCAGCUUGGCCUUAGCUUGGAACAGAGUGGACAUUGCACGGAGUCAGAUUUUUAUCUAUGGACAACAGUGGCCGGUGGGAUCUCUUGAACAGGCAAUGCUGGAUGCUCUCGUACUUGACAGAGUGGAUUUUGUGAAGCUGCUUAUUGAAAAUGGAGUAAGCAUGCACCGUUUUCUCACCCUCUCAAGACUAGAGGAACUGUACAACACGAGACAUGGUCCAUCAAACACCUUAUAUCACCUGGUCAGGGAUGUUAAAAAGCGAGAAUAUCCAGGUUUCGGGUGGAUCAAUCUUAAGGGGAAUCUACCUCCAGAUUACAGAAUAAGUCUCAUCGACAUUGGCCUUGUUAUUGAAUACCUGAUGGGUGGGGCAUAUCGCUGUAAUUACACUCGUAAACGAUUUAGAACAUUAUAUCACAAUUUGUUUGGACCAAAAAGGCCGAAAGCUCUUAAGCUUCUAGGAAUGGAGGAUGAUAUACAAUUACGGAGAGGCAGGAAAACAACAAAGAAGAAGGAAGAGGAUGUGGACAUUGACCUGGAUGACCCAGAAAUUAAUCACUUCCCUUUCCCAUUCCAUGAACUGAUGGUGUGGGCAGUGCUCAUGAAGAGGCAGAAGAUGGCACUUUUCUUCUGGCAACAUGGCGAGGAAGCCAUGGCCAAGGCCCUGGUGGCCUGCAAACUGUGCAAAGCAAUGGCCCAUGAGGCAUCUGAAAAUGACAUGGUGGAUGACAUAUCACAGGAGCUAAACCAUAACUCCAGGGAGUUUGGACAGCUUGCUGUGGAACUCCUAGACCAGUCCUACAAACAAGAUGAGCAGAUGGCAAUGAAGUUGCUAACAUAUGAACUAAAGAACUGGAGCAAUGCCACCUGCCUUCAGCUAGCAGUAGCUGCCAAGCACCGGGACUUCAUUGCUCACACCUGCAGCCAGAUGCUUCUCACCGAUAUGUGGAUGGGCAGGCUACGAAUGCGCAAAAAUUCUGGCUUGAAGGUGAUUCUGGGACUUCUACUUCCACCCUUUAUCCUGAGCUUAGAGUUUAAGAACAAGGAUGAGAUGUCAUACGUGCCGCAGGGACAAGAUGAUUACCUCCAAGAAAAAGAGAUGGAAGAACAGGAGAAACCCAUCAAAGAGAAGGAAGAUGAUGACAUGGAGUUCACAGUAAGAACUUCAACAUAUUGUGGCACCAAGUACAACCCCUUGAUGGGAGGAACAACUUCUAAAGCUACCCCUUUCAGAGUGAGUGCACAAACUGCUGCACCACGGUACAGGACAGUCAGAUCACAGGCAAUGAUUAGUAGAGUAAAUGGGGAACCAGCUAGAAAGAAGAAUGAAGAGGAACCACCAACUAGGCACAGGCUAAUCCCUGUUGUGAGAAAGAUUUAUGAGUUCUACAAUGCUCCUAUAGUUAAGUUUUGGUUUUAUACGAUGGCGUAUAUGGGUUACCUUAUGCUGUUUAACUAUAUGGUACUGGUGAAGAUGGAACGCUGGCCAUCUGUGCAAGAGUGGUUUGUCAUCUCCUACAUUUUCACCCAGGGAAUAGAAACGAUGAGAGAGAUCUUGAUGUCAGAACCAGGGAAGUUGCUACAGAAGGUCAAAGUGUGGCUUCAAGAGUAUUGGAACAUCACAGACCUCAUGGCAAUCCUUGUCUUCUCUGUUGCCAUGGUACUUAGAUUGCAGGAACCGCCAUUUAUGAGCUACGGCCGUGUAAUUUACUGUGUUAACAUCAUCUACUGGUACAUACGCUUACUGGAUAUCUUUGGUGUUAAUAAAUAUCUUGGUCCUUAUGUUAUGAUGAUUGGGAAAAUGAUGAUCGAUAUGAUGUAUUUUGUUAUUAUUAUGCUGGUUGUCCUCAUGAGCUUUGGAGUGGCACGACAGGCUAUUUUGAAUCCUAGUGAGGAUCCAAGCUGGAUGUUGGCAAGAAACAUUUUCUACAUGCCUUACUGGAUGAUCUAUGGAGAGGUGUUUGCUGACCAGAUAGACCCUCCUUGUGGACAAAAUAUAACUGGAGAUGAUGGCAAAGAAAUUCAGCUUCCCCCUUGUAAAACAGGAGCGUGGAUCAUUCCAGCUAUCAUGGCCUGUUACCUGUUGGUCGCAAACAUCCUUCUGGUUAAUCUUCUGAUUGCAGUGUUUAACAACACAUUUUUUGAAGUGAAAUCCAUAUCCAAUCAAGUCUGGAAGUUUCAAAGGUAUCAGCUUAUCAUGAAAUUUCAUGAAAGGCCAGUUCUACCACCUCCACUGAUCAUUUUCAGUCACAUGACAAUGUUAUGUAAAUAUCUGUGCUGCCGCUGGAGGAAGCAAGAGAGCGAUCAGGAUGAAAAGGACUACGGACUAAAACUUUGCAUAACUGAGGAUGAACUCAAGAAAGUUCAUGAUUUUGAAGAGCAAUGCAUAGAGGAAUAUUUCAGAGAAAAGGAAGACCACUUCAACUCUUCAAAUGAUGAGAGGAUUCGAGUGACUGCUGAAAGAGUGGAGAACAUGUCUAUGCGCUUAGAGGAAGUAAAUGAAAGAGAGCAUUUUAUGAAGGCUUCCCUUCAAACUGUGGAUAUUCGUCUAUCCCAGUUAGAGGAUCUUGUUGGACGCAUUGCUACUGCCUUGGAAAGACUCGCUGGUGUUGAGAAGGGCAAUGGUAAUAAAGCUCGCUCUAGGACAUCAUCCGACUGUACAGAUACUGCCUAUAUUGUCAGGCAGAGCAGUGUCAACAGCCAGGAAGGAAAUACUUAUAAGAUUCCUGAAAAUGUUGAUGCCAAUGGAGAAGAAUCAAUGUCCCCAACUUCUCCAACCUUAUUGCCUCGUAUGCGGAGCCAUUCCUUCUAUGCAAUGGGUGCAAGAGACAAGAGCGGGCUUGAAAGAAUAGAAGGUUUUUUUAAAGAAAGGUCACUGAGUCUACACCGUGCAAGCAGCUCCCAGUCUGUAGCUGCUGCAAAAGAGCCAAAACCCCCCACACAGCCAGCUACUACUUUGUCAAUUGCCCCAGAUUCGAGAAGACCUUCAUCGUGCAUUGACAUUUAUGUUUCUACUUCAGAUGAGCACUAUGCUACUGCAGGCACUUCGGACAGUGUAAUGAAAGUUCCUUUUCCUAGAGACGAAUCACUGCACUCUGAAAUUAUGUCAGCUGUUCUUGCAAAUCAAGAAUUCAGCUACCUUGCUUCUAGAGUAAACUGCCCAGAAGGGAACGGACACUGUGAGGAUAUUGACAAGGACCUGCCAACAUAUCCUUUGGAUUCUGCACAUACUUCAGAUAGCCAGUAUCAAUGGGAUUUGGAUCCUCCAAUGUAUCACACACUGGAACGCUCUAAAAGUAGCCGGUUCUUGUCUACAGCUCCUAUGUAUCUGGAGGAAACCCCACUAGUGAAGUCAUAUAGUUUUAUGUUUUCACCGUCCAAAGGAUAUUACAGUAGCCUUGGAGUGCCAGUCAAAACAGCUGAAUAUACCAGUAUUACUGAUUGUAUAGACACAAGGUGUGUCACUGCUGCACAGUGUAGUGUAGAAAAUUCUAAUCUAACAGGAGAACUUGGAGAAAAAGUUGAGGAAGUGAGUACUUCCCACCCUGAAAGAGAAGCAGAGUUAAGCCAUCAUGGCUCUGAAGCUGAAGACCAUGAUGAGGAAGAAGGUGACAGGCCAUUAGGAUACUUUCCAACUUUAAAAGAGUCCAACUCAGCCAGGACACUAUCUAAUAAUGUAUCUGUUUUUAAAAUAGAAAGAGCCAACAGUUAUUCAGCAGAUGAGCCAAAUUUCUGCUAUACAAAGAAAAGUUUUUCUAUCAGUGACAAACUUGACAGGCAACGCAACUCAACAGGUUUACGAAACCCAUUCCAAAGGAGUAAGUCUGGAAAACCUGAAAGUCAAGGGGAUAGUCUGUCAAUGCAUUCUCUAGCAAAAACAGCAGCAUUCCAUAGUUUUGAAAGUAAAUACAGUUAAUGGUGAAAUUAAAUACAAUGGUUUCCAAAAUAGUCUGUUCCCUUGUGUAGAACAAAAAAGGUUAUAGAAAUGUAAAAUGUUUUCUUUCUCCAAAGAAAGUAUAACAAGUAGUCUGCUUUA